AUGGUGUUACGAUUGUUUGGACCACGAAGAUCUCGAGAGAUCAAUGACAUCAAAAGUGGGGGGGGGGGGCUUAAGCGGUCCCUGACAGAUAGUGCCUCCUUUCACAAUAGUGAGGCAGCAAAAAAGAUCCAGGGAGUAGAAGAAAGUGAAGACUCUAGCACAAAUGCUCCAUCCAGUGUAACUGAUGUGAAAACCUGUUUUUGUACAGUACAAAGACAAAACCAGUUUACCAUUUGUAACAUCUGUAAACAUUCAACACCAAGCAUAGAUAGGCUUGUGGCAGGCAAGGCACAAACAUUUUCUGCCAGUCAAACCAGUGUUCAGGCCGGUGCGAUAUCAUGUGAGGCUGCACCAUCACCAAUAAUAACCAAGGUCUCUAAGGAGUUCUUCUCUUCUUUUCAAGAUCAUAAAGUUUCCAGGAGUGUCAACCAAGAUACAGAAAAUUUUAACAAUGCCCAAGGAAAAGUUUCUGUUUCUUGUAAGUGGGGAACUUGUCUGUACAAAUGUAUUGAUGCAUCACCUCUUGUGGUUUGUGCACCAGGGAGAUGUGAAGGAGAAGUUUUCAUAGGUUCCCAUAGUUACACGUUCAUGUGCAGCAGACUGAGUGAUGGCAAAGUCCUGUGGGAGAGUAGGCUGGGGGACAGAAUAGAAUCUUCUGCAGCUCUCUCACUCUGUGGUAGAUAUGUUAUAGUGGGUUGUUAUGAUGGCCAAGUGUAUGUACUCAACCGCUUCACCGGUGAAACAAGUUGGACAUUCCAAACAGGAGCAGCAGUAAAAAGUUCUCCUUGCAUUGACCCCCAGACUGGGGUGGCCUGGGUUGGGUCACAUGAUCACUAUUUGUAUGCCCUUGAUGUCACAAAUAGGCAGUGCAUUUCUGCAACACACUGCGGUGCAGGAUCUUGUUUCAGUUCUCCAUGUAUAAGUAAGAAACCUCAUUUAGUAUUCAUUGCUACACUAAGCGGCCGUCUUCUUGCAAUUGGUGCUACUGAACAUACAAUACUUUGGAGUCAGCAGUGUCCUAAGCCAGUGUUUGCAUCACCAUUAUUGACACCCAUUGGUAUAGUUUGCGCAUGCGUGAAUGGGUUUGUUUAUUGUUUUGACUUCCAGGGUAAUAAGCUAUGGGAGUUUGAGACACAAGCUUCAGUGUUCUGUUCAGCGACUUUGUACCAUGAUGUAAGAUAUGGUUCCAAGAUCUCACACUGUAUUUUUUUUGGCUCACAUGACAAAUCUGUGUAUUGCUUGUCAGUUACUGGUGAGCACUUGUGGAGAUUUACAACUGAUGGACCUGUGUAUUCAAGUCCUUUUGUAGCCAUGAUUGAGGGAAAUAUGUCUUGUCACUCAAUGUGUAACGCAAGGCCUUGUGAUGAGCAUGACACUCAAUUAGCAGUGUUUGCUUUGUCGAGUGUUGGAAGCCUGUAUAUUCUGGAUUUUUAUACAGGAGUUCUUUUAGCUUUUUAUUCAUUGCCUGGUGAAGUAUUUUCUUCACCUGUUGUGUUUGACAAUCAAAUUCUCAUUGGUUGUAGGGACAACUAUCUCUACUCACUUGGAAUAUUAACCCUUUAA